UCUAAGCAACUCGAAGCUCAAAUCACAUUUUGCGAGAGAGAUAGAUCUACUUAAAGAGAGAGAGUUUGAAGAGGAGAUUAGAGAUAAUAAAGAGAGAGUUUAAAUCCAUGUUUUAUUCUAUGUGGAAUAAAUAGAGGUAUUAUAUCAACUGGUAUCAAAAUCCAUAUAUAUAGGAGAGGAAGAAGAAGAAGAAGGGAAAAAAAAAAAAGAAAAAAGAACAGUUUUUGUGAGGCCUUAUAUAGGUUGUGGGAGGGGAAGCCACUGUUCUAAGACACCUGGGUUGAGAGUACACAAUCUACAAAGUUGGAACCAACUCAAAAGGAAUAUAAUUUCUUGGUCCUUGUUACAGCUCUGGAUCUUAAGGCAGAGGAAAAAGCAAAAAAAGGAAAAAAAAGAAACCCAGUAGCAGUUAAAAGAGGGACAUUUAAGAACACUAUACACAGCUUUUCACACAGAGAGGAAUAUUAAAAAGAAAAGGGAAAAAAAAAAAACCCAGAAAAAGAACAGUGGAGUGGGCGGUGGAGUCAGUUUUGUAGCUAAUACUUUACUAACGUAGAGACCCAUUUGCCCCCGCACUCUGUGGGCUCUGCUUCUGCGUUGGGAAACAGCUAUUUUUCCUUGUUAGACCACAUCUUCUGGGGCUUGUAGCUUAUUCAAGUAGUAAUGAAUGGGUUUUACAAUGCCAGUUUAGAUCUUUAGACCCCAAUUGUUCUCCUCUCUUUUACAAGAAGAAGCUUGUGGCCAAAAAAAGCACUUUUUUGAGCACUCUCACAUGGUGGGUUUUGUUUAUUAGAGUUGAUAGGGAAGUGGUUUGGUUGUUUUUGUUAUGAUGGGUUAAAAAGGGUAAGAGAUUUGUUUUGUUUCGUGGUGUGGUUGUGAGGAAGAGAAGUGGUUUUAUUUUUAUUCUUUUUAAUUUUCGGCACGAUGAAGUAUAUGAAGCUUGGAUCGAAGCCGGAUGCGUUCCAAUCAGAGGGAAACACCAUCAGGUUUGUUGCAACUGAGUUAGCAACUGAUAUCAUCAUUAACUUGGGAGAUGUGAAGUUUUAUCUACAUAAGUUCCCUCUUUUGUCCAAGAGUCCUCGACUGCAGAAGUUGGUGGCCGCCAUCAAUGAGGAAAGCAACGACGAAAUCGACGUGUCCGACAUACCGGGCGGUCCGGCAGCGUUUGAGAUCUGCGCCAAGUUCUGCUAUGGCAUGAUUGUCACCCUAAAUGCAUAUAAUGUCGUCGCAGCACGCUGCGCUGCAGAGUACCUCGAGAUGCACGAAAGCAUUGAGAAAGGCAACCUCAUCUACAAAAUAGAUGUAUUUUUGAAUUCUAGCGUAUUCCGGAGCUGGAAAGAUUCGAUCAUAGUUCUACAAUCUUCGAAAUCUCUAUUUCCUUGGUCCGAGGACUUGAAAGUUGUCAGCCACUGUAUCGACUCUAUAGCAACAAAGGCUUCAAUUGAUCCCUCGGAGGUUGAAUGGUCUUAUACCUAUAACCGGAAGAAGCUUCCGUCCGAAAAUGGGCUCGACCAGCAUUGGAAUGGUGUCAGAAAACUGCAGUCGGUGCCCAAAGACUGGUGGGUGGAGGACCUUUGUGAGCUAGAAAUGGACUGCUAUAAAAGGGUAAUAAUGGCAAUCAAAACCAAAGGGAAAACUUCGAGUGAAGUAAUCGGAGAAGCUUUGAGAGCUUAUGCAUAUAGGAAAAUUCCGAGUUUCUCAAAAAACACCAUAAAUGGGAAUGAUCUCAACAGACACCGUACAGUUUUGGAAACGAUUGUGUGGUUAUUGCCUAGCGGGAAAGGCUCGGUUCAAUGUGGUUUCCUUCUUGGGUUACUCAGAGCUGCGUGCAUGCUUGGUUGCGGGGAAAUGUGUAAAAAUGACUUGAUUAAGAGAAUAGGUUGGCAGUUAGAAGAAGCUUCUGUUGGGGAUCUUUUAGUUCCAUCCGAAGUUGGGGAAUGCACAAUAUAUAAUAUCGACUUGAUUACGAGUAUAGUGAAUGAGUUUCUUAUGCAGAAUAGGGAGGCCCAGAACGGGCCAUCAGAUAAUGAGAAAAUUCGAGAGGUUCAGAGCCCGAAUUUUGUUUCUAGUAGUUCGAAGGUUGCGGUGGGGAAGCUAAUUGACGGAUACCUUGCUGAGAUUGCAAAAGACCCCAAUUUACUUCUCUCGAAGUUUGUUGAAUUGGCCGAGAUGGUAUCAACUGCCUCGAGACCAGUCCAUGAUGGACUUUAUCGUGCCAUCGACAUGUAUCUGAAGGAACAUCCAAGUCUAUCAAAGAGUGAGAAGAAGAGAAUAUGCAGUCUCAUGGACUGCAAGAAACUAUCAUCCGACGCGAGCAUGCACGCCAUUCAGAAUGACCGCCUCCCCCUCCGCGUGGUGGUUCAAGUCCUCUUCUUCCAGCAGGUUCGAGCAUCCGCUGCCUCUUCUGGCACCGGCGGCGACAGCGGUGUUGGUCCCGUCCUCCCAGUAAGCGUCCGAUCACUCCUCCCUCGCGAAAACGGCAAUUCUUAUGGCAGCUCAAGAUCGGCCGCCACGACCAACACAGAGGAUGAUUGGGAGGGGAUUCCUACUUCAAGUGAUAUGAAUUCGUUCAGAUCAAUCAGAUUGGCAGGUAAAGGCGGGGGGAGCGAAAGGAGCAGCAGCGGCGGCAGCGAUGUGAAUAAGAGUAAUGGUAAUAAUAAUAACAGUGAUGACAUUAAGAGCAAUAACGGAAAAGCGAAGGGGGGCACUCUGAUGCCGAAGAAGAUUCUGAGCAAGCUGUGGUCGGGUAAGGGGCACGGUGGUGAGAACAGCAACAGCUCAGACUCAUCGGAGAGCCCUGGAUCAGUCAACCCGGAUGAUACCAAGUCAACGCCUUCGCGGAAUACAAGGCACUCAGUCUCUUAAAUGCGGAGAUUUGAACCUAUGAAUUUUCUUUUCUUGUUUCGAUUGUUUUUGCCUGACGGUGUUAGGAAAUUAAAUUAGAUGCUGGAACUACUGACUUUUGAAGUCGAAUCGGAAUCGGCAGGUUUUUGAAGGAUAGUGUUUUUCUUCUUCCUGGGCUGGGUUUAAAAGGCAUCGGUUGCCGGCGAAAUGGUGUGUAGUAGUGUAUCACAUGUUGUUUUUUUGUUGCCUGUAUGAACUAUGACCCAGUUUUUGGCAUGUACCAUAAGAGAAAUAGUAGCUUUAUCUUUGCUCUCACAA